GUUUGAGUUUCGUGGAAAACCUUUCCCUCGUGUUGUAGUUUGUUCAACUCGUUGAGUUUUGCAUCCUGCAUCAUUCCGGAUGGAAACCCGCUGACGUUACAUUUCGCAGCGUUUUUGCCGGUUAUCAAUAGCCAAGGAAGUGACGAGCAGAAAAAAGAAUGGCUGAUGCGAGGCUUUAAUUGUGAAUAUCUGGGGACGUAUGCUCAGACGGAACUUGGACACGGAACGAAUUUGAGAGAACUGCAGACAACCGCUGAAUAUGAUCCUGAAACGCAGGAAUUCGUCUUCAACACGCCGAAGUUGGAAUCGAUGAAAUGGUGGCCAGGUGGAAUGGGGAAAACGGUCAAUUACGUGAUACUUGGUGCCCAUUUGAUAACCAAAGGACAAAACCAUGGCUUGCACACGUUCAUCGUACAGAUUCGCAGUGAGGAGGAUCACACCCCUUCGCCUGGUGUCACGGUCGGGGAAAUCGGCAGAAAGUAUGGGAUGAAUUCGAAUGAUAACGGAUUUUUGAUGCUGAAAAAUGUGCGGAUGCCGAGGAGUCAUAUGCUGAUGAGACAUGCUCAAGUUUUGCCGGAUGGAACUUAUGUGAAGCCGAAAAGCGACAAACUGAGCUACGGUUCAAUGGUUUUCUUGCGAGUAGUAAUCGCAAAAGAAAUCGGGAAGUGGCUGAGAAAAGCUGCGACGAUUGCCAUUCGGUAUUCUGCGGUGCGGCGGCAGUCCGAGAUUGAAGCGGGGAAAGGAGAAGUGCAAGUUAUUGACUUCUUGACGCAGCAGUAC